AUUUAUUAUGAACAACUAAGCCGCAAUUGAUGAAACCCUGCCGCAACACUACGGCCCGUCCUUUGUAGGGUUUUGCAUCUUUCGCUCCUUCUCACAUCGUCCUUCUCUCUCUCUCUCCAUAGGAGCUGCGCGGCCCGAGCUUUCUGCUCGCUCGGUGAACAAUGGACGGUGGAGCUUCCGGUGGCGCCGGCGAAGGGUACGUGCCUCCGCCGGAAUACGUGGAGGAUGCGAAAGAAGCUCUGGUCGAUCUCGACACUUCCGACUCCACCGAACUUUGGCUCAUUCAGUGGCCUCGUGACAUGCCUCCUGAUUUGGGUGGCCAAGAACUCAAGCUCAAACUUCAUCGUGAUGGGAAAUUGGGGAGUUUUGAGGAUUCAUCUGGCAAGGAAUAUGAUGUGGUUAGUUUUGCUGCUCAGGAGCCCGAUGCAACAGUUUUCACGGCCUCUUCCUCAGGUUCAAGAAUCGUUGGGAAGAUUUCAAGAAGAGUCUCCCUUGUCCACUACCCAGAUCCUAAUGAGCUCGAGAAACUUGCUUCCAAAGUCGCAUCCGGUAGAUUUAGACCAGGAACAUCACUUACAAAUGCCUCCCAUCAAUUUUCAUCUGUGACACCAAACAGUAGACUGAGAAGUUCACGCUCAUCCAGAGGAAACACGUCCUACACUCGUAGCAGUCGGCAGAAAAGCGGCGUAACUGAUGCUGGAGAGACAUCAGAACCUUACAAGAGAAGGUAUCCUCAGGAAUCCACUGACUCCUUGGGAUUGAUGAAUAGUACUCAAGACUCUGGGUGGAAUCAUAGCAGUGCAACAACUGCAGAGUUCUCAGAGCGUUCCCGAGAUCACGGUUCAGCUGCUUCAUCUCAGUCAAUUGAGCAUUCUGACAGGAAAUUGAAGAAGAAGAAGAAAGAGAGAAUUGAAGAAUAAAACUGCUUGGUCUUUACGCCGUUGCAUUCUUGUGAAUUGUUUGUGCUUUCUCACCGAGCAUGACUUCUGAAUGCUAGGGGGGUUAUGCUCAUUACUAUAUGUUUAGAUCUUUUCAUAAUGGAGUCUUUCUUGAGCCAAGGUCUCGGGAAGGCAAUCAUGGAGAUUCUAGAUUCACCAACUCAUUUCUUUGUUGGUGACCCACUGUCGAUUUCUUCAACUCCCGAGUCCUGGCUAUACUUUUUUUUUACAGCCUCAUACGAGAUACAGUAGUUUGUUAAACUUUCAUGAUUUGCUGUUUUCUACUCUCUUUAGAAGAGCCCCGCA